ACAUUAUUUACGUCACUGCAUUACUGCAAUCUUGAGGAAGUAAGAAUUCACCGAACUCCUCCGGAAAUUUUGACAAAUCGUGACAUUUUCCACAAUAUCCGUGCAUCGAAGAACGUGCAGAUAAACCAGCUAUUUGUCUUGUAUAUUUGUAUUAAAACGUAAAAUAGUCUGAUCUGCACUAGCUUUACCAGUUAACUGAGUGAGUUGCUGUCAAGUCACAGCGAACUUAUCGGUAAACAUCAAGAAUCUCGUGGAAGUGCAGGUCGAUCUGUAUUGAUAAUAUAUUGAUUGAGAGUGAUGGGGGCUCAGAGAAGUGAAGGACGCAGAGAUUGGCUUCAGCAGGACUUCAGUGAACAGCACACUGUGAAUCCCUGGAACAUUAUGAUCAAACACAGGCAGGUGCAUCGUAGGGGCCGACGCUCGCAAAUGACUGUCAGUUAUACAGAUCCAGUCAUUUCCAUGGAUCUUCUGCGGACGGUUCUUCAGCCAAGCUUCAAUGAAGACAUCCUUGCUGUGUUUAGAAAAUAUAUGAAGUUUUUUGAAAAGGCAGCCAUCAAUGUAAAAGAGAACGUGGGUGGAGACGUCCAGACAGAUCAGCUUAUCAGAGACGUUUGCCGGAACUGCCUUGAAAAUGCAAAACAUCUCUUUCCUGAGACAGAAAAAACUGCUCCAAAACCAAGUUAUGACCCCACAGUAAAGCGUUCACGGCAGCCAGACGACAGCUCUGGACAGAGAGACAGUCCCAUCCCGAAAAAGAGGAAAGGUCGUCCCCCUGGUCAAGUUAUAUCAUAUGAUAGACCGGUACAGUACAACACAGCAGCUAAACCUAAAAUAUCUGAGCCAAUAAAGCGAGAUGGUCCCAAGUGGGACCCAUCUAGGUUGAAUGAGAACAGCACAUUUGUUCUUGGAUCCAGAGCAAAUAAAGCUUUGGGAAUGGGUGGCACAAGAGGACGGAUCUAUAUCAAACACGCAGAGCUCUUCAAGUAUGCUGCUGAUGCUCAGGACAAACACUGGCUGUCGGAGAGACAGCACAUGAGAGCAACAGGUGGAAAGAUGGCAUAUCUGCUUAUAGAAGAGGAUAUUCUUGAUCUUGCCCGAAGUGAAGACUACAAGGACUGUCCUGACUUGAAGCUGGACGAACUCAAACCAUUUCAAGUGCCCAUAUGGAUGGUGGAGAAGAUGCAGAAGGCAAUGGAAGGACAGAAAUCCGAAAACGACGCGGUCAAUUAAUGUUGGCUUCGUUGGGCAAAUUAUUGGACCACAGGCAAAAAGUGUUACCUGCUUAAGAUAAUUAUAAAAAAUUUUAUUGCUUGUUUGUUUUAAUAUGCCGAAUGUGGCAUUCACAAUAGAUUCAGGCAUUACAAUCAAGUUGUCCAGAUGUUGUUGAUGUAGGUUUACAUUCUCACAUUUCAUUAACUGGUGUCCAGAUGUCUGUAUGGGAACCGAUUUGUUGGCAUUUAUUUUCUUUGUUAACAUGUGCUUUUUCAUGAAUUUUAAAGGCUUGAAUAUGUUGUAUGAGGCACAGAUAAUGCUGAAUGAAUUUUGGAUGCUGUGUGUGUGUUUUCAAUGUUCUUUCAUUUUUUUAUAACAUGAUACUCUGUAGCCGAAAGUACUUGUUUUGCAAAAUAGGAAUUGUGUUUGUCAUGUCUGCUUUAAAAGGGAAUUUGUUUAGUCAUUUUAUUUUAUUUUAUUUUUUCUCUGUGUGUCUUUUUAAAUAUAUUUAUGCAUUAUUCUUAAGAAAUGACAUGGGAGAAAUUUCUUCUAUGAGCAGAACUAUACAACUUUUACCUUAUAGUAUCUUUUAAAUGAUUUAAAAAAUAUGAUUUAAAAAAAAGAAAAGGUUAAAAAGUUUUUUUUUUACAAAUAAUAAUUUUGAUAGUUUGCUGAAAGUAAGGAGGGUAAAAGAUUUUCUUAAAUGUAUUUCACUGAAAAUGUAGAAUUGUUUAUCAAUGACUAUAUAGAUGGAUUACCCAUUAAACAAUUUUGUGCUAAA